AUGUCGGACCCUGUAAAUUCUUUAACGUUGUGUAAAGAGGAACCUCUUUACGACACAGUUAAUUCUCGAACGUAUAGCGAACGUAUAUAUAUAAAUCUCUGUACAAGUUCUAAUCCAGUCACUAACGUCAAGUCUAAAGAAAUCUUCAAACGAGAUUGGGUUAGAGUCCCUAUCGAGUGUGUUAACCGUACAAUGAUGAAGUUCAAGCAACAGGGGCUAGUCGCGGACUUGAUGCCCAACAUAAAGUUGAUGAAAGCUAGUGGGCACUUUUUAUUCAAUUAUGCCGACGGCUCUGGAAAGAGCAUGCAAAAGAUCUACAGUUCCGUACAUCUGGUACUCAUCCUCAUGCAGUUCGCAUUUUGCGGGAUAAACCUGGUACAAGAAAGAGAGGACGUGGAUGACCUCACUGCGAACACAAUCACGAUGCUGCACUUCACGCAUACUAUAGUGAAAAUAAUUUAUUUCGCGGUCAGGAGCAAGCUGUUUUACAGAACACUCGGUAUAUGGAAUAAUCCGAACAGCCAUCCUCUUUUCGCCGAAAGCAAUGCGAGGUACCAUCAAAUCGCUAUCAAAAAAAUGAGGAUAUUGUUGCUAGCCGUCAUGGGGUCCACGGUGCUGUCCACGCUAUCGUGGACCAUCUUAACCUUCAUUGAAGAUCCCGUGAAGAAAGUUACUGAUCCUGUUACCAAUGAAACUAUGUUUGUUGAGAUACCAAGAUUGAUGGUGCGCUCUUGGUACCCAUUUGACGCCAGCCACGGAAUGGCGCACGUUAUGGUGCUCAUCUACCAAUUUUAUUGGUUACUGUUCAGCAGCGAGCGCGAAUCUUUUAGACGUGUUAUUCUGUUCGUGGCUCCUCUUCGCUUGCGAACAAAUUCAACAUUUGAAGAACAUCAUGAAGCCUUUGAUGGAGUUCAGCGCGACGUUGGAUACCGUUGUGCCAAACAGUGGUGA